CUUCAUUUUAACCGUCAUCUUUCUACCUCAAACAACCAUAGGAAGAAUUUCAAUUUCUUGGAGUGCCCUAAUUCCCAAAUAAAAUACCCUUCAUACAUUUGUUCUUGUUGAGCUCCAACACAACUUAUUCUUUCAAUGAUUGAGACUUUACUCUUUUGGGUAUUCAUUUUUUUCACUAAAUGUUAGUUAAUGUUUGCUGAUUCUACUUGUUUUGACUUUUUAAAUUUUUGGGUGCAAAUUUGAAUAGUUGUUUGAGUUUGUAUUUGGUUGCCCAAUUUGUGCUUUGCAAGCAUAGUUGAAGGUCAAAGUCAAUAGUUGAAGAUCUAUAUUUCCUCAAUAAGUUUAGGUGAAAUGGAGGUCUCAUUGUGGAGGGCUCUGCUUCAGAAUAUAUCGUCUUUUUUAUGUUUAUCAUCACGGGAUGGAUUUGACUCUGAACCAGUACGAAAAAGUUAUCUAAAGAUUGAAGAAAUAUUGAAGCUGUUAAAACCAAUACUUGAUGCAAUAAUGGAUACUGAAGUAGCCUCUGAUGACCUAUUUAACAAGGUACUUGAAGAACUUGGACUGUUUAUCGAUGAAUCACAAGAUCUCUUAGAGAGCUGGCAUCCUUUGUCAAGCAGAGUUGAUCUGGUACUCCAAGCUGAGUCGUUGACAGCUAAGAUCCAGAAUUGUAUUUUGAAGUUCUUCUGGCUGCUGAAAGAUUCACAUCAGUCCUUACCUGUGGAAUUGAGCUCGUCAUCUCUUGAGCUCUGCAUUCAAAAGGUUAAAAACAUAGGAUGUGAUACUACUACUACAAUCAUUGAUGAUGCUAUGAAAGAUCAAGCAGGCAGCCACGCGCCUGGCCCGGAACUGCUUGUGAAAAUUGCUGAUUGUCUGGGGUUAAAGUCAAAUCAGGAAAUUCUCAUUGAAGCUGUGGCACUUGAAAAGUUGAAGGAGAACGCUGAGCAGGCUGAAAAGAAUGUGGAGGUGGAUUACUUUGAACAAUUGAUUUCUCUUAUUACUCGCUUGCAUGACCGCCUUGUUUUGUUAAAACAAUCCCAGAGCAGUACACCUAUCCCGAUACCAGCUGAUUUUUGCUGUCCUCUUUCCCUUGAACUUAUGACAGACCCUGUCAUUGUAUCAUCAGGCCAAACUUAUGAACGCGUUUUCAUCAAAAAGUGGCUUGACCUUGGUCUUACUGUAUGUCCAAAGACAAGGCAGUCAUUAGGUCAUACCAAUUUGAUACCUAACUAUACUGUUAAAGCACUUAUUGCAAACUGGUGUGAGAUUAACAAUGUGAUGCUGCCUGACCCUUUAAAGUCUGUCAACAAAGAUCAGCCGUUGGCACUACUUUCACAAAAUGAUUCGAGUUCUUUAAGGGAUUCUAACACAAGGUCUCCUUCUAGAGGUAACCUACCUGCAGCACCUGAAUCAAGAAGGUUAGCAGUUUCAGAUGGCAAGAACUCGAGCUAUUCAAUUGACCUUCUCCAAGACGGGGCUUCCCCAUCACAUCCACAUUCUUCUUCGGAUAGAUCUAUGUCUCAAAUGGCUGAGAAAGAGCCUGGAUUGGAAAUUGGGGGAAUAUCUUUAAAAGACAGAUUGAUCAAUUUAGGUAGAAAAAGUGUGGAUUCAAAUGGCCAGCAUUCUGUGUCACCAGCACAUAGAGAAUAUGCAGAUUCUGUUAGUUCUCAUGAACGGUCGUCUGAAAGGCAUGAUGGAAUGUCCUUAAAUGGAAACAGAGUGUCCGAGAUGAGUUUGAUUCACCCAUCAUCCGAAGAUCCUGAUCAGGUUUCGCAGAGUCCUGGCGAUAGCCGUGAUGCUUCUGGUGAACUAUCCGAGGAACCACAUGCUGCUGCCCCUGAGAGUACUUCGCAGAGGGAACCUGAGUUUCUGCCUAGACUAAUGGAUAGUAGAUCACGUAAUCAAAAUACCUGGCGCCGACCCGUAGAUAGGCUAGUAGCUCGGAUGGUAUUUUCACCAACCACAGAAACAAGACCUGAUCUCUCAGAGACUGAAGCUGAAGUUAAGCAAUUGGUUGAAGAUUUGAAAAGUGACUCAAUAGAUACCCAAAGAGAAGCAACAGCUCAACUUCGGCUGCUUGCAAGACACAACAUGGAUAACCGAAUUGUGAUAGCUGGUUGUGGAGCCAUAAGAUUAUUGGUCGAUCUACUUCAUUCGACAGAUCCAAAGACUCAGGAAAAUGCUGUGACUGCUCUUCUUAAUUUGUCAAUAAAUGAUAACAAUAAAUACGCAAUUGCAAAUGCAGAUGCAAUUCAACCCCUAAUCCAUGUUCUUCAGACAGGCACAUCAGAGGCUCGGGAAAAUUCAGCUGCCACACUUUUUAGCCUCUCAGUAAUAGAUGAUAUUAAAUCCAAAAUAGGCAGAUCUGGGGCUAUUGGUCCUUUGGUUGAAUUGUUAGGAAACGGGACACCUCGGGGGAAGAAAGAUGCUGCUACUGCUUUGUUUAAUUUGUCUAUAUAUCAUGAGAACAAGGCUAGAAUUGUGCAGGCAGGUGCUGUAAGGCAUCUAGUUGAGCUGAUGGAUCCUGCUGCAGGUAUGGUUGAUAAGGCUGUUGCUGUUUUGGCAAAUCUCGCUACCAUUGCUGAGGGAAGGACUUCCAUUGGCCAGGCAGGUGGGAUCCCUGUUCUUGUAGAGGUUGUUGAAUUGGGUUCUGCUAGAGGAAAGGAGAAUGCAGCUGCUGCACUUCUACAGCUUUGUACUUUCAGUGCCAGAUUUUGCAAUAUGGUGCUCCAGGAAGGAGCUGUACCACCAUUGGUGGCUUUGUCACAAUCAGGGACUGCUAGAGCCAGAGAGAAGGCUCAAAGUCUUCUGACUUACUUUAGAAGCCAGCGCCAUGCGAAUUCCAGGGGUUAGUUUCCAUAACCCAAAACUUUUGAAGGUCUACAAAAUUGUUUGCAAGUUUUGUACAAUGUAAAUAUGAAUUGAAAAUAACUCAUGAAAUUUUGUGCACCAAAUAUUAGCAUUGUUUGUUCACUGCAAGUGAGAAGGUUUACAUAUUUAGCAUAUAAGUGUUUAAUUUUUUCCCCCCUCCCUUAUGUGUAAGCCAUGACUGUACAGUAGGAUGAUGAAGAAAUGGCUACAUGGCCUGCCUUGCCUUGCCUUCUAAGAGAUUACUAUUUUAUUUUUCAAAAACCUCGUCUCGGUAUGUGACAUUUGGCAUUGGGGUAUUGAUACAUUCUUGUUGUAUUUAUCAUCUUAUUUUGACUUUUAAGUUCUAUGAACAUCAAAAUUCAAAAGUAGUUGUAUUUAUUUGUAAAGAAUAAGAGUAGUUUGAUUAACCCCUAUGUUGUGGUUAUAUUAUCAAAUAUCCAAGGUGGACAGUAUUUAUUACUGCAAGUCCAAUUAUGCAAAGACUUACAAAGACUUAUAAAUUUACUUUUUUUUUAUUCU